AUGUCGAAUAAUGUAGUGCCAAUACACACCGGAGGUCAAGCAGCUACUGCUCAGCUGCCCACAGGCGAGGCUACACAACUUAGAAGUGGCUGUGCAUUCACCCGAAUCAUUCCCGUGCCUUUUUCUUUCAGCGUGUACAGAUACGUCUUCGACCUUUCGUCGUAUCUUGAGCUGACCACUUCGCACAUUACGCUUGAAGUUUUACCAUCCGCGUCCCUCGUUGGGCCUGUCACUCCGCUUACGAUUCUGCGACUACUCGAGGGUGCCCUGGUGACCUCUGACUUUGAAGGACCAUCUUCUAUUGGCGAAAGCGAUGGUGCCUCAGUGCUGGCGGCACAAUAUGUGGCUUGUCCGUAUCACGGUCUAGCCUCACCUCCAGUUGAUCACGUCCAACUGAUCCUUCACCUUGCGUCGACAUAUUUGUUUGCCAGAAUUUCACCAGUAGGAGGCGGCGAUGAAGAUAAGGCAGUCUUUAACCUCAACAAAAACGUCCUUUCGUGUUUCCAUCCAGCCACAAAGGGGAAGGGGCAAACAUGCACAAUCACGAAGCGACGGCGGUUCGAGUGGGGUGACAUGCAUGCUCGAUAUGGAGCUACAACUCCUCGUGGAACCCAGAAUGCACCAACUUUGGCCAGCCUUCUCUUAAUGUGCGAACUUCACGCUCACCAUAGCCCUGAGGCAGUGCGAGCUGAGGUAAUUAAUUCCCGCACCUGA